AGGCAGUCUUCUCCGAAUAUAGUUUUAUCGAUCGGACUAUUUAGAAAACAAAGACGCAUUUUGAAAUGUAAUCUCAGGACAGGAGAGCUGUAUUUUUUUAGCAUCAUUGAUAUGAUUACGGUUUUAAAUUGUUUUUUGGGGAAAUGGAAAUGAAUCGUCCACGACAUCAGCUGUUAUAUCGUUCACAUGUACAAACCACAAAUGUUUAUACACAAAUUGACUAUAAAAACGUUAGAGUAUGAAGAUAGAAAAUGAGUCAAAUAGCUGGAAUAGAAAAAGCAGAGGGGGGAAGUAUAAACAAGUGUGUCGAAUACUGCAAAUGGACGGUGAAGAAACGAAUUCCCAUCAUCGAAUGGCUUCCGAAGUAUCAAUGGAAAGAGAACUUUUUCUUCGACUUUUCCGCCGGCCUCACCAUCACGUGCUUAUGCGUUCCUCAAGGACUCGCUUUCGCCAUGCUCGCCAACGUCGACUUAAUCUACGGACUCAACACUUGCUGCUUUCCGGCGUUUAUUUACGCCCUUCUUGGUACGGCGACGAAAAGCUCUUUCGGUUCGGUCGCCGUGACGUCUAUGAUGAUCGGCCAGACGACGGUCAGGUUCGAAGACAAUCCACAAUUUUCUAAAGAAGAGCUGGUCUCAUCCAUGACGAUCACGACCGGGAUCUUCUACCUGAUGUUUUUCCUCAUCCGGCUUCACGUCGUUAAGGUCAUUUUCAAAAAGCCUUUUGUCUGUGGAUUUCUAACGGCUUUGGUCUUUUACAUAAUGAUAAAGUCGUUAAAGCUCGUUUUGGGUAUAGAAAAUCUCAAGAGUCACUACGGCCCGCUUAAUUUAUUUCGCAAUGCCUUUAACUUAGCUUCAAAUAUCAAACGAGCCAAUGUGCCGACUAUCAUAAUUUCAAUAGUUGUGGUGGCUGUUUUCGCACUGAACACAGUGUUGUUUACCCCAUGGCUUAAAAAACGCACGCGUUUCGUGCUUCCGAUCGAGAUGAUAGUCAUGGCAAUCGCGAUUGUCUGCUCUUACAUAUUCGAGUUCUCGAAGAUGGGAGUUCCUCUCCUCGGCCGAGUGCCGACAGGACUUCCUAAAUUGACUCCACCGUCUAUAAAGGCCUUCAAAAGAACCUGGCUCGAGUCGUUCCUCAUAGCGGCCGUCAACUACGCGACGACGGUUUCGAACAUAACGGUCUUCAACGAUAACUUGGACACUGAACAGGAGGUGCUCACCAUGGCCGUCUGCAACCUAGUCUGCGGCUGGUUCCAAUGCUUCAUCUUCGGCAACUCCAUGAUGCGCACGGUGGUCGCAUAUAGUCUCGGGGUGACAUCGCUCAUGUCUGCAAUAGUUUCAUCUGUAUUAAUGUUUUUCACUAUUUUGAUCGGUGGUAAAAUAUUCUCUCCGCUUCCUAAAUCCAUUCUCGGCAGCAUAAUGUUGACCGCGGCCACAAAGCUACUCAUAAUGCGCGUCAAGGAUGUGAAGCAUUUCAGAAAGUCAUGGGAAGACGUCCUGAUAUAUUUGGUCACACUUCUGACCACGAUGAUCAUCACAAUCGAAAUCGGUCUCAUCGUUGGGCUCAUCCUAUCGUUGAGAAAGAUUCUGGACAGUGUCACCAAGAACGAGCAAGCUGCUAAACAGAAUACUGGGCCACCUGUUGUACCGGGGGCAAAUAUUCCCGAAAUCCCGCCGGAAGCUAGUUCGGACCUAUUGUUACUAAACUUCCCCACGCCGCCCUUAAUUACUUCGCAAGAAAAAAUGGUUAAAUGAACAGUAGAAUCGCCUUUAUAAACGAAUUUUUAAAAAUGAUUUA